AACAUUUUCUCCCUUAACAAAACGUCUGAAGGAGAAAAUAGGGAUGGAGCCCAUCAAAUCUUUGGCGGCUUCUUUCCAAAGGAACUUUUCCAAGGAUCAGGAAACAGGCAGGACUCUUGGAGAGUCGUGAAAGGGAGCACAGAAGAGUAACAAAGAUGGUUAGGGGACUGGAGGCUGAAUUGGGCAUGGCUAGUCUAGUGAAAAGAAGGACUAGGGGCUACACCAUAGCAGUGUUACAACAAGAGGGGGCUCAGACUAUUCUACAAAGCAUCGGAAGGCAGGACAAAAAGCAAUGGAUGGAAACUUAUCAAAAAGACAUCCAACUUAGAACUAAGGAGAAAUUUCCUGACAGUGACAGCAAUUAACCAGCGGAACGACUUGUCUCCAGAAGUUGUGGGUGCUCCAUUGCUGGAGGUUUUAAAGAACAGAUGGGACAACCGUUUGUCUGAAAUGGCACAGUGUCUGCUGCUUCAGCAGAGGGUUGGGCUAGAAGCCCUCCAAGGUCCCUCUCAACUCUGUUAUUCUAUUAAAAAAGCAGCUUGACAACCAGUGAUCAAAAGUGCCCUUCCAAAGUGAGACGAAAGCAUUUGAGCAGUAGAGAUGCUGAAGACAUGAAGUUCAUUCAGAUGAAACUGAUUUCUUUAGGAAAUUCAUACCACAGUACAAAAGAUUGGAGGCUUCCUUCUGCCGGCUGAAUCAUGGAGUUAUUUCUUCCUGAAAUAAAACUACUGAACAAGACAAGUCAUAGAUAUAAUGGCUGAUAUUCUUGGUCAAUUGAUCAGCAAUGAACUGAAGAGGAGAUAUUGCUGUGAUUUGGGACAGUCUGUCCUAACAAGAUGCUCGUGAUGUGCAUUGGGACUGCACCCCCAUAUUUCCCAUCCUUUCUCCCUGCUGCUAGGAAUGCCGGGAGUCCCCAUCCCAAUGCCUUGGGACGACACAGAUGGGGUUCGCCUCUUUUUGUGUGCCCUUUUUGGGCUUCCUGGUGGCCUCUUUCUUCAUACAAGGCCUGGAAGCAGUAUCUUGUCCCCUGAACUGGUUUCUUUAUGAGCAGCAUUGCUACGGAUUUUUCAAGAAUAAACUGACCUGGAGCAAUGCAGAGAUAGAAUGCAGUUCACAUGGCAAACAUGCCCACCUUGCCUCCAUCCACACCGAACGAGAAAUGGAAACUAUAUCUUCUGUUAUACUCACCGGUUACAAAGAGUUAUUUAAAAUCUGGAUUGGAAUGUUCAAAGUCCCCGGAAAGAAAGGAAAGAUACAAAUGAAAUGGGUAGACGAAUCCGUGGCGGAUUACAUUCCUUGGGCACCCUCUGAACCUUCCAAAAAUGACUGGAGGUGUGUCCAGUUACAUGACAGUGACUAUAAAUAUUGGAGUCUCCAGUUUUGUGAGAAGAAACAGCCCUAUCUGUGCAAGAUGGAUGUGUACUGAAUACAGCUGGAAGCACCUUGAAGGUUGGAAGCCAGAAUCUCCCUGGCUACUACAACAUCAACCUGCUGACCCACAGAAGAAGCCUGCGCAUCAGACUUUCUUUUCCAUGUGGUGUCACUAAUCAAUAAACUCUAAUCCGAGGGCAGAUGAUGCUU